GAAAUUUUGAAACUUCGGUGUUGUAUAUUUACUUGGUGUUUAUUGGCAUCUACUGCGGUUUAUGGUGAUUGGUUUCAAAAGCUCAACAUUGUCUCCACCCAUAAUGCGUGUGCAGGCUACAUGGGUGAUAGCACAGAUAGAGGGACUGUGGUGAUAGCAACUACGAUGCGUUUUAUUACAGAAGAGGAAUUGAACAAGGAUAAAAUAGGUUAAUUACAAAAACAUGCUGAUGACACUCCAUAAUGGAUUUUACAGAGUUUUAUGAUGAUACUGUAUCUACUGUUGCCCAGGCAGCAAGGAUUGGUAAUGUUAAAACACUAGCUAAACUGAUCAAACAUGGUAAAUGUGUUGAUAUAGCAGAUAACAGAGGAUGGAGACCAUUACAUCAUGCAGCAUCAAAAGGACAUAUUGAUUGUAUUAAUUUGUUAUUGAAACAAGAAGACACAGAUGUUAACUGGAGAUCUUUUGAAGGUGAGACAGCAUUAUUUUUUGCUGCUAAGGGGGGUUAUCUUGAUGCUGUGCAUCUUCUUCUCAAAGCUGAUAUAGAUCCUAAUAUUGGAAACAAUGAGGAAGCCACACCUCUUCUAAAAGAUAGAGGACACUGUAUGGUACAUGAAAUCAAUGUACCAUCAGAUAGAAAACACUGUAUGGUACAUGAAAUCAAUGUACCAUCAGAUAGAAAACACUGUAUGGUACAUGAAAUCAAUGUACCAUCAGAUAGAAGACACUGUAUGGUACAUGAAAUCAAUGUACCAUCAGAUAGAAGACACUAUAUGGUACAUGAAAUCAAUGUACCAUCAGAUAGGAAACACUGUAUGGUACAUGAAAUCAAUGUACCAUCAGAUAGAAAACACUGUAUGGUACAUGAAAUCAAUGUACCAUCAGAUAGAGGACACUGUAUGGUACAUGAAAUCAAUGUACCAUCAGAUAGGAAACACUGUGCAGAUCCCAACAGUGCAGCUUGUGAUGGUGGUACACCACUGUUUAUAUGUACGCAAGAAAACCACAUAGAAUGUCUUGAGUUAUUGAUGAAACAUGGAGCUGAUGUUACUAAGAAAACACAAGAUAAUUAUUUACCACUUCAUAUCGCUGCACAUAAAGGACAUUACAGGUGUUUGGAACUGUUACUGGAAAAGACUAAUAAUGACAUGUUGGAAGGUACACUGAAUCCAAUAAUGCUGACUAUGUUCGGUUUAGAUGUAUAUACUAACUGUGCUGAGUUGUUAGUUAAUAAUGGAAUCAAACUCAAUACAAGGACACAUUUUUCUGUCAAUCCACUGGAAGACAUACUGGAUGAAGAUAAUGACUUUUCUUUGUACAAUGAUGUAUUUUUAGCACCUCUCAAUGUGGCAGUAAUUCGCAAUGAGGAAAACCUGGUGCGUUUCUUUCUGAACCAUGGAGCAGACACCAAUUUUGUUCCAUACCCUUGUACAAUGUGUCUUGCUAGUCAUUCCUCAGUGAGUGUCUCCAUUUUGGAUUUGCUUAUACGCCACGGUGCCCGGCCUACAUGCACAUACAAAAGACGUCCAGCCAAGGAUAAUGAAAAAUGGAUUGACUACUUUCCACUGCUAACUGCAUUGAAUUCAGAACCUAGUAAUAAGAUCAAACGCUUGUUUGACAGUGGAUUUCAUUUAGAGCAUUGUCUCUUUCAACAAUGUUGUUCUGAUCUGAAAUGCUUCUUCACUGCCUUGAAUGAUUAUUUUAUUGCUCAUAAAAAUCGAAGUAUACUGUUAAAUCAACUGGUAUUACUGGCAUUGGAUUAUGUUGGUACCGUUAGAUUAUGUAGCCAUGCUAUGAACCAGCUAUGCAUAGAACAUCCAAGCUAUUCUCUCAUUCAGUCUAUAAUUGACAAUCCAAGAACACUGCAGCAGCUAUGUAGAGUGAGAAUCCUUGAACUCUUGGGAACAUCACUAAUAUUAAAAAAAGAUGAAGUUCUUAGAGAACUUAUUCUCCCUGAUAUUCUAAAAAAGUUCUUGAUUCAUGAGCUAUAGCUAGAAAAAUUACAAAUGUCUAGAUUUCUUUCAUAAAGGUGUAUAUAUGUAUAUUAUCAAACAAGUGUUGUGUAAAUGUCACCUUCAGCCCAUCAGCCACCAUCCUUUAAGGCA